AGAUAUACGUGCACAUUGCGGUGCGUUCUAGCAAACUCUCGAGACCAGAAGCGACCGGAACGGAAGGUAGUGAACUGUCUCGAGUCGGUGUAUGAGGUGAGCCAUGUGGUCCCGGUUCAGUCUUCACCCACAAGCCUGACGGAACGCUUCAAGAAUAUCACAACAGGGUUUCGAUUUCUGAGUUAAGAAAGAUGGAGCAGCCGCAGGAGGAGCAGGAGGUGGGUCUCUGCGCCAACUGCGGGUUCCUGGCCAAGCUACGUUGCGCCAGCUGCAGGCAAGCAUUUUACUGCAAGAAGGAGUGUCAGAAACAGCACUGGAAUAAUGGACACAAAGAAAAAUGCAAGCCCUAUAAGAUAUUAGAGUCCAAGGAAUUGGGACGCUACAUGGUUGCCUCUCGAGACCUGAAGGCCGGAGACGUCAUAUUCAAGGACGACGCUUUGGUGGUUGGACCGAAGACCAUAACAGAGCCGGUCUGCCUCGGGUGUUAUAAGAGGGUCGAUGGUUCGUACAGAUUCGACGAGCCUAACCACUUUUAUGAACUCGUCUUUCCCUUGAGAUGUUUGGCCCUUAAGAAAAAGUCUCCAAAGAAAUAUGAACAGCUGUUGGGACUGGAGAGUCACUACGAGGACCGUAAGGGGACUUACCUCUUCAAGGAAAACCAACGAAGGGUUGUUCACAUGCUAAGAAAUUACUUCUUCCUCCAAGAAUUUUCUGCUGAGGAUGUAGACAGUUCUGAGAAGAGUAUUCACACGAUUACGGGCAUUAUAGACGUUAAUGCGCUGGAAAUAAGAUUAGCCGAGUCUGAAAUUCUAGGCCUGUACCCCGUUUUCGCCAUGUUGGAACACUCCUGCACGCCAAACACAAAACACACCUUUAGUGCUUCACGGCAGGUCGUUGUCAAGGCAGCUGUUGAUAUUAAGAGGGGAGAACAUCUCAGCACAAUGUACACACAUGUACUGUGGGGUACGAUAGCGAGACGGGAUCACUUGAAACACAGCAAGUACUUCAUGUGUACCUGCUUCAGAUGUGCUGACCCUACGGAACUGGGAACACAUUUCUCUGCCUUGAGAUGCAAGAGCUGCGACCACGGCUUUGUGCUUUCCGCAGCGCCUCUGGACGAAUUAGCAGACUGGAUAUGCACAUCGUGCAAUGCAACAAUGACAGCAGAUGAAGUCAGAGACAUCAACUUGAAACUCGGAGAAGAAAUUGAAAGCGUCAUAGCGAUGCCUUCCGUGGAAAAACUAGAGGAACUCGUGAAUCGCUUGGCCAAAACAACAGUGCAUCCGAAUCACUUCCAUCUGUUUGUUGCUCGACACACUCUCCUGCAGCUUUAUGGACGCGAUCCCAACAGCACUGGCGAAGAUUCGAUGAAAAAGAAGGAAAAACUGUGCCAAGAUUUCCUGAAGGUCUGCACAGCUCUGGAUCCCGGAAUGGCGCGCCUGGCACCCUAUGCAGGCGUGGCGCUGUACGAAUACCACCUGGCAGUGUUGUCACGAACCCGCCAGGAUCCGAGUGAAAAGCACGUGGAUCAAGCAGCCCUGAGGAAGGACGUCGAGACAGCGAAGGCCUUACUCCAGCAGUGCAUUCGAGUAUUACAGGACGAACCCAAGGAUCAGCCGGAGGGAGCCUUGUGCCAAGUGGCUCAGGAAAAUCUGAAUGAGCUCCGCCAGUGGGAAGCAACGCUCUACUCGUGAGUGGAACAGGCAGUAAAAGCACACAGAGGAAAUGUUAGCACUGGUUGUGUAUUAUACCCUUCGAUAUAGACAUUUGUGUUUGGAACUGAUUGAAAAGAAUAAACGGUUUACUGUAA